AUGGGCUUUAAUGGAUUGACCGAGGAGCGCCGCCUUUUCCACUGCCAACAACCAAGAGAGGCUCAGUUCAGUGAGGCGGCAGGAUAUCCCAUGGUGCAACACUGGAGAGUCCGCAGCAAUCUGUACAAGGUCAAACUCAGCUCCAUCACCUUAUCUUCAGGUUUUUCUAAGAUCCUGAAGACGCUCUCUGCAGACAGCUCUCGAGACGAGCUCCUGGCUUUCCUCCAACAGUUUGGGACCCACUACGUGUCCGAGGCUCUGUACGGCUCCGAGCUCAGGUGCAGCAUCCACUUCCCCAGCAAGAAGUCCCAGCAGCAGCUCUGGCUCCAGUACCAGAAAGUACUCCCAGUCUACCACCAGGGAGCAGCAGCAACAGCAUAA